AUGAAGAAACGAAAUUCAGCCGCUCCACGACCGUCCAUCACGCGCAGCACACGUGGCCCCAGCGGACCGACCAGGUGGGCGGUGUUAUUGUGUCCAAAUUUUUGGGAAACGCACCGCUUCGUCCCGCUGUUUUCCCCAUCUCUCUCCUCGCUCUCACCUGCGGCCAGCCAAAAUCCUCACCACAAUCCCUCGAAUCCUCUCAGCCUCCGCGCAGGUGCGGGCGGCGUGAGAGCCGGCGACGAAGCAAAUAGUCGAACGCGGCGAAGGAUCCAACUCCAGUUCGUCGGGGCGAGGGACGGAGAAGGUAGGAGCGACGGGCGGAUUGGCCGGUGGAGUUGGUGGUUCAGCGCGAGGCGGUGUGGAUCCCUCCCAAAGAUUCCAGAUCCUGAUGCUGCGACGGGCGGAGUGACAAUUGAGGAACAGAAAACAGUGAAAUCUAGGCGCACACACACCCCUGGCACAACAGUUUUUAAGAUGGAGGACGUCCCAAAUCAACACGAUGGCGAGGGACCAGUACAAACAAAUGUCAUGGACGGGAUCAAUCUUGGGGGGUUACAAAUUCGUAGACACCCAAGGAAGAAGCAGGUUUAGGAAGGAAGGAACAGAGCAUCCCCUGCAAGGCUUGUUAAGCUAAAUAAGAGCCUUGACCAAAUGCAAAGGGAUCUGAUCGAAAAUGAAUAUUUCAUAGGAGGUAUCAUGAAGAUUGAGGCAACAACAAUGCCUGCUGAUCUCAGUAGGUGGGUUUUACAGAGGUACAAUCCAGAGAGCGAGUGUAUAGAAGUCCCACGCAGGGGCGAGAUACCCGUAACAGCUGAUAGCGUUCAACAAACACUGGGUCUACGCAACUCGGGAGAGGAAGUGUUCUAUGGGUGGGAUGCAGAAGCCAUAUCGUUCAUAAACAACAAGUAUGGGUUCGAAAGUGGAAGCGCCCCAGAGAUAACAACCUUCUGCAAGAUGAUCGAAGACAUGAAUGGAAGAGCAGAUGAUGAUUUCAUGCGCGCCUGGUUGAUUGUGGUGGUCAGCACGUUCAUCUGCCCCACACGAGCCUCCAUGUCAGCCCUUGAUGCUAUCCAAUAGUCGCUGAC